UUGGUGUCUAGACAGCGUCUUAUUUCCAAGGUUUUUGAUGCUUCCAACAGAAAUCUCCGGAGGAGUGUGUUUCACCUUAAGCGAGCACUCCGAGGGAAGGCGGGACAGAAUGAAAACGGAGGAGAACCAGUCAUGUCUACAGCAGGGACCCUCUGCCGCCGCUUACGAGCACGUAGGAGGGGGAGAAGUUUGCGCAGGCUGCGAGUCGCCCAUCGCUGACCGCUUCCUCCUGCGGGUGAACGAGCGCUCCUGGCACGAGACGUGCGUCAAGUGUGCCGUGUGCCUGACCACCCUCUCCGGCACCUGCUACUGCCGCGACCGCCUCCUCUACUGCAAGCACGACUACGAGAAGUUGUUUGUGCGGAAGUGCAGCGCGUGUAUGCAGGCCAUCGGGCGCUCGGAGCUGAUCAUGCGUGUGCUGGGCCAGGUGUACCACCUGGGCUGCUUCAGCUGCUGCGAGUGCGAGCGUCGGCUGCAGCGCGGCGACGAGUUCGUGCUGAAGGAGGGCCAGCUACUCUGCCGCAUCGACUACGAGAAGGAGAGGGAGAUGCUGGCCGCCAUCAGCCCAGCCCCCACCGAUUCUGUGAAGAGUGAGGAUGAGGAUGGAGGCGGCAGCUCGCUGGUGGGGAAGGGAGGCGAUGACAGCAAGGACCACAAGCGCUCGAAGCGACCGCGCACCAUCCUGACCACCCAGCAGCGCCGGGCUUUCAAGGCCUCAUUCGAAGUGUCCUCAAAACCUUGCCGGAAGGUGAGGGAGUCGCUGGCGGCUGAGACGGGCCUGACGGUGCGAGUGGUGCAGGUGUGGUUCCAGAACCAGAGGGCAAAGAUGAAGAAGAUCGCCCGGCGGCAGCAGCAGCAGCAGCAGCAGCAGCAGCAGGAGCAGGAGCAGCUGAGGGGGAGCAGGAGAGGGCCCAAUGGCUCCAGUGGUCAUGGUCUGGACGGACUGCUCGCGUAUCCUGCAAUGCAUCGGCAGCAGCUCUUAGCACUCGACCCGAACAUCUACGGGGGUGAGCAGUUUCGCCACGGACUCACCCCUCCUCAACUGGGACCAGAGCAGAUGCACUCUUAUGACUCAGAAACGGUGUUUCAUGACCUGGACAGCGACGGAAGCCUCAGCCAACUCGGUGACUGUCUCCUAGCAACAGCUGAUGGGGGCUUGUUGACAGGCCGCGUGGGAAACCCAAUAGAUCGCCUCUACUCCAUGCAGAGCUCCUACUUCACUUCAUGACCCCCCCACCCCUAUGCUGACCUUGACCCCACACGACUGCACCACACAGGGGGUAGGACUGCUGAUGGGAGGCCCUCCUGUCAUUGGUCCAUUGCUCAUGCCCAUAGGAUUGCAUCACCACAAGACUGAGAUUUACUCAAAACCAGGACAUGAACCAUACAUGGAGGUACUAAAAUGUUGUUUGGUAUUUUACUGAGAAUCAUGCU